UCUACCCGCUGCGGUUCGGUGUUUUCCUCGACGUUGUUUACCGGCGCUCACUCGACGGUUGAUGGUUCGAAACCCGCUUUGAAUUCUUCUUCUUUUUUUUUUUACCGGUGUCGACCUCCUCUCGACAUGCACACAAGGCGCCUGGUCAAGCGGUCGAUCCUCGGCAGCCGCGUGUACGCGCCGAGUCCGACCGGCGACGGAGCUCCGGUGGCCGGGGUGGUCCAGGCUGUCACCCGGGAGAACAGGGACGUGUCCACGGCCGCGGGGCUCCGGCGCAGCGUCUACACGGUGCUCCUGCAGGACGGGAGCCUCCAGGAGUUCUCCGAGGAGGAGCUGGCGGCCGGGAUCGACCACACCGCGGCCAAGGCACCGCUCCGAUCCAGCCUGAAGCAUUGCUCCAGCAAUGGAGCUCCAGAGGGCCACAAGAUGAACGGCGGCUCUCUCAGCCCAGAGGCGGUGGAGGAGCAUCGGAUGGCUGACAGCAGCAAGCGUGUCGGCCGGGACCCCGACACCCGAUCAGUGUCCCUGCUAGAGCAGAAACGCAAAGUGGUCUCGUCCAGCAUUGAUGUGCCUCACGCAAGGCGCUCGGAGGAGGAAGCGGACAUGGACAAGGUGACAGCCGCCAUGGUGCUGACCAGCCUCUCCACCAGCCCACUGGUCAGGAGUCCACCUGUCAAAGUCAGCGACGGUCUAAGUGGUUCAUGGAAGGACAACGGCUCCGUGGGACCUUUUACCCCGUCAAGCAACAGCUCUUCAGGGGGCUACUGGAGCUGGUCUGCCCCCAGCGACCAGUCCAACCCUUCCACACCUUCCCCGCCGCUCUCUGCCGACAGCUUCAAGCCCUUCAGAGUACCCAGCCUGGGCGGCGUGGGGCCCGGCCCGGCAGGACCCGAAGACCCGAGCCUGGACGACCAGGACGGGAGCAGUCUGCUCUUCGAUGAGCCCAUCCCUCGCAAGCGCAAGAACUCAAUGAAGGUGAUGUUCAAGUGCCUGUGGAAGAACUGUGGCAAGGUGCUGAGCACUGCCGCCGGGAUCCAGAGACACAUCCGCACCAUCCACCUGGGACGCAGCUGCGACUCGGACUGCAGCGACGGCGAGGAGGACUUCUACUACACGGAGAUCAAGCUCAACACGGACUCGGUGGCCGACGGGCUCAGCAGCCUGUCCCCGGUGUCGCCCUCUGUCCUCUCUGCCCCUCCUCCUCUUCCUCCCCCGGCUCCCCUCCCUCCCAUCGGCCAGCCGCCCGACGCCCACCGGCCCGGGCAGCCCACCGACCCCAAGGAGCCUCACGCCGGCGGCACCACCCCGCUCAGCCGCUCGGCGCCCAGCGCUCUCUACCUCAUCCACUCGGACCACGCCUACCAGGCCACAGCUCCGGUGUCCAUCCCGUCCAGCAGCAGUAACUCGGCCGGCUCGGGCUCCACCAGCUUCACUCCAACCAACAGCUCCAGCUUCAGCAUCUCCUGGCAGUCGCCGCCCGUCACUUUCACCGGGAACAUGGUGUCUCCCAGUAAAAGCCAGGUGUUUGGUGAACAGCGCUCCCAGACCAUCGCCGUCCUCUCCUCCCCCCCCAGAGCCACCACCGCCCUCAGUCGGAAGGUGCGCGGCGAGGGGAAGAAGUGCCGCAAGGUUUACGGGAUGGAGAACCGCGACAUGUGGUGCACCGCCUGCCGCUGGAAGAAGGCCUGCCAGAGAUUCACCGACUGAGCGUCUCCAGCCGCUGCCGCUGCCACGCUACCGGGCUCUGCUGCCUUUCGCCAGAGAAAAGCUUGGGGGGGGGAGUGGAGGCAUCAUCUUGCAUGCAUUUGGUUUUCUUCAGCUCCAAAUCUCAACCGUCCGUCAGCACACCGGCUUCGUCCCUGUACCCGCCCCCCGCCCUGUCCCACUCAGCUCCACCUGUCCCUCCCAGCUGUGGAAGCAACUGCAAGACGGCGUAGGAGUCAAACUUUCAGAUUUGCCGUCCAGGAUUCCCAGCUCUGCCUCGCCAUUUCCAUCGCUCCCAGUUUGGGGGAAAAAGCCCCAGUGCAGCUAAACAGUGUAAAGAAAAAAAUGUAUCUAAAGAUUUGUUUUUGUUUUUGUUUUUGUCGGGUUAAAUGUUGCAUCUUUCUAUGUUUUGUAAAACUCUGGUUUUUAAAAGUCAAAGGUCCUGAAUAACGGCCGAGAGCUUUUUUUUGGUGUGUUUCGUCGAAAGAGAAAGAAAAAAUAUUUUUUAUCCAGAAGAAGAAAGAGUCUCUUUGCAACAGUUUUUGAAAAAACCUUGAAAUGAAACAGCGUGGAGGGAAAGCUCGCCGUUUUUUUGGUUCUUCCUUAACGUGUUCAUCUCUUGUUUCAUUUCCGGUGUGUUUUUCGGGGGGGGG